CUCUGAUCUGAUUUCAAUGUCUUAUGGCGAAUUCUUUGUGAUUCUUUUCCAACCUUAAAACGGCUUCUGCAAAUUUGGCAGCUCCCACCAUUUUACUAUUAAAUAUUUGUUCCUAUAUAUUUUGCAAUUUUGUUGAUUUUUUUUUACUGAGUAGAUGAGUUGCCUGUAUGAUUUUAUAUAUUUUGCCAAUUUUUUUAUUUUUUAUACAAGUGAUAAUUAAAAUCAAUAUAAUUUAUCAAGAGGAGAAUUCAAACUUGAGUGCAAGAAGGCAUGUUCACUGUCCCACCAACUAACUCAUUUUAAUGGGAGGAGAAUUCGAACUAGUGAUCUCUAAAUGUGUUGUUUGCAAUAAUAGAAACUGGCACGUGUAUGUUUACCCACAUAAAUGUCUUAUUAGGACAGAAGUAGAAUAGGGCACAAGUGUGCAAAAUAGCCAAAAGCUACCACACAUCCCAUCUGAUCAACUCUCCUCUCUCUCUCUCUCUCUCUCCUAAUAAAAAAAAGGCAAAGAUAAAAAUCAAACCUAAAGCUCAUUUUCUCUCAAAAGAACAAAGCAAGAAUCUCAGCCCCAUCUCUCUCACCUCUCAACUUUCUUCUUCUUCUUCUUCUUCUUCCUCUUCUUUCUUCCCAUGUCAAAUGAAAAGAAAAACCCUUACCAGUAUGACCCUUUCGACUACAACCCCCAUGAAAUCAACAGGCCAAGCUUUCCAUUCUUCAAUUAUGGCACUCACUCCAUACAAGAUCCACAAAACCUACACGGGUUCGAAUCCGAUCACCCCAAUUCUUCAUUCAUGAGCUUCACUGACUGCCUCCAUGGCUCAAUGGACUACAACACCCUCUCAAAAGCCUUUGACAUGUCAUGUUCUUCAUCUGAAGUCAUUUCUCCCCAGUUGGAUCAUGAGAAUUCCAAGAACCAGCAGGCUGCUGUAGGAGAUCACUCGGUGGGGACUAGCACCACUGAAAACCCAUCUACACCAAACUCCUCAGUUUCUUCUUCAUCUAAUGAAGCUGCUGGUUCUCAUGAACAUGAAGAUUCAGAGAAGAAGAAGAAAGAAAAGCAGCCAAAAGUGGCAGUGUGUGAUGAAGCGGCAGGAGAUGAGGAAGACAAGUCAAAGAAAGGGAGCAAAGCGAAAAAGAAAGAGAAACGGCAGAGGGAACCACGGUUUGCCUUCCUGACUAAGAGCGAAGUGGAUCACCUUGAAGAUGGAUACAGAUGGAGAAAGUACGGACAGAAGGCAGUCAAGAACAGCCCUUAUCCUAGAAGUUAUUAUAGAUGCACUACUCAAAAGUGCGUUGUAAAGAAGCGCGUCGAGAGAUCAUUUCAAGAUCCAUCCAUUGUGAUCACAACAUAUGAGGGUCAGCACAACCAUCAGUGUCCAGCAACACUCCGUGGAAAUCUCAACCUCAAUGCCGUUGGAAUGCUGUCCCCUAAUCCCCUUUUGACAUCCGCGUCUCUCAAUGGAUCAGCGAGAUUUCAACAUGAAUUCUUAACUCAGUUUCUCCCAAUGAACAACCAAUUGCAAUUGCAAUUGCAAAGCCAUCAUCAUCAGGAUGAUCACCAAGCAAGUAAUUCCAUGAUAUAUUCAAACCUCGUGGCCCCUCACCCUCAUCAUCAUCAUCAGCAGCAGCAUCAGCGGCAGCAGCUACAUGUUCCUGACUAUGGUUUAUUGCAAGAUUUAGUUCCUUCAUUUGGUCACAAGCAAGAGCCAUGAAUUUCAUGAUCACUACUUUAUGAUAUAUAUUUUCAGUACCCUCUCACUCAUGAGUACAUCUUUUCCUAUCUCAUUAUUGCAAUACUGUCUAAUAUGUACGCUUUCUCUCUGGCCAUCUCUCUUCUUUUAGCACUUAGAUUUUCUUUGAUAUGUAGACUCGGAGACAGUAUGGCUCUCAAGAAUAGCAUUUAAUGCCUACGUACUAGUGUACUUCUGACUAUUGCAUGGAGUGCACAUCUAUACAUAUAUUUAAAUAUAUGUUGUUCUUGUUCUUAAAAAGCAGACUUUUAAUACGUAUUAAGCCUCUAAAAUAUGCAUGAGGUGAAGGUGCUUGUUUUGAA